UCUUGUUAAAGGCGGGGAAGCGAGAAUGGAGAUAAGUGGACGGAAAUGAAGACGGGGAGGCGCAAUGAAAAGGAGAUAAUUCGUUAGCCUCGUUAGCGACAGUGGCGUAAAAAGAGUAGAGAAAGUAACGUGGGUCGUUAUCGACUGGAGUCAUAAAGUGGGGAGGGGUAAAUAGACAAAAAGAGUGAGGUUUGGCGAGGGCUGCAGUUUAGAAGAGGAAGAAGGGCAACGUUAGGGAUAGUUUAACGUUUUUGCCCGUUGUUUUGUCUCUGCCAUGUAUUCAGCUUGUCUGUAAUUCCUUGAUAUCUUUUUGCAACCUCCUCUCUGCUCACAGUCGUACAGUUUUUAGUAUUACCAGCUCAAAUGGAAAAAUGACAUUAGUUCUCUUCUCAGCUGGAUCAUUGUAUAAAUUAUGAAUAGCUUCUGUCCAAAACACCAGCCCCAACAGUAUUGUUUAGUCACAGCAUGUCAACUUGAGAAAGAUUCAUAUGAUCCAUUCUUGCUUUCUGCCCAAUAAUCAAUUCUCAGUGUGUGUCAGUAUAUGGCAUCCGAUACUGUGCGUUUUACAACUUUGUUAGCCACCCUGCUAUGUGGGACUUUUAUGAAAAGUUAAAUGAAAAUCCGUUGCUUAUCACGUGCCCAAGUCAGAGAAAUGUACACAGCUAGGUAGUUAUUUGUUUGGGGAUGAUGGAAUGGUAGUUAUGUUGAAGGUGCUGACAAACUAGAUCAAUUCACAUUGAGAUCAAGAAAAUGAUGUGAGGAUUAACAGUGUGAUGUGAUUGUAUGUAAUGUGAGAAUAGGUAUGCUUAAAGCAACAUGGCUUGCUCAGAAUAUUUUUCGGUUACUAUAAGCUCUGAUGAUUGUGACAUGAGCAGUAAAUAAUUGAAAUUUAUUGCAACAUGCAUUAUAGUGAGCAAUCGGUGUUGCUGGAUAUGUUUCAUGCAUUAAAUAAUUAUCAAGGCAUAUGGGGUUAGCAACAAAUAAUUAUCAAGGUGUAUGGAGUUAGUAACAAUUAUAAGGAACUUUUAAUUAUAGGCAGUUUAUGGGCUGUGUGCUCACACAAUGCCAUUAUCCUGACAGGGUUAUCGUGAAACACAAGGAUUUUAUGAAACGUGCUGCUGGGUCGUCCUGAGACUAACAGAAAAUGAGAGUCAGUAGUCCAGGGCGGAUGAGUCUGAACCAGGCUGUUCCCACAGCAACUCGGCGCCGCAGAUGGAAGCGCAAGACCAUGUUGGUGCUGACUGAUGUUUCAGGGGCCAAGCAGCUGAGUGUGCUUACACGCCGGUGCUGCUUACUUGCACCUUAUCGCCGUAGGCCGAAGCGACCUCGCCACAGACCCAGCACAAUCAAUGCUGUUGAAUGGGAAAGUGCAGAAGAAAAGCUUGAUGAUGAUGAUGAAGAUCAGAGAUCAAAUACUGAUCAGCAGCAUGAGGAAGGCGAGGAAGAAGACAACAGUGGACCGCCACCUCAGAGCUUAGACAGAAAGGUCAAUGGUUCACUUCACAAAAGCAGGACUUCAGUAGCGCAGACCAAUGGAACUGAGGAGACAGAGGAAGGCACAGAGCAGUGUGUGAAUGCAGGCUUGUUUACGGUUAAUGGUGUGCUCAGUGGUGAACCAUAUGAAGAUUUUGUUGAUGGUGGCACUGCAUCCUCUGAAGUCAUCGCAAGAUUAUGUUUCACUGCAGUGAACAUUGGGAAUGAGCAGAGUAUCGUCCUCAUGUCACCAUCACAGCGAUUGACCUUUCGAGGAAGGUGUCAAAUGAAAUGCCUUUAUGGGAACGUCCAGGUAUUCGGAUUUACAGUUGGACAGGAGCAGCCCCCAUACCAUCUGUACUCCUUACCAACACAUGUUGCCCUGACCAUUGAGGCUCUGCCUCAUUGCAAACCAGGCCGGACGAAGCGUGAUAUGAAAAUGGAAGUAAAAGCAGUUCUACGACAACAUGUACCAUCAGCUUCAAGACACAUUUUGAUGAAGGAAGUGACUUCUUCUUGCUCAGUCCUGCUGUUAGAGCGUCUUGACACCCCAGAAACACUCUUUUUGUCCAGCUUCCCAGAGUACAAAGAAAUAUUUACAUCGCAUUCGAAAAGGAUGAUUUCUGGGAAACUUGCAUUUCAUGAAUGCGCAGCUUUGUCCUCUAUUGGUGUGGCUGUUCUCCCUGAUGAUCAGGGGGUGACUACGUCAGAAAGUUGGAUGACCACUAUCCAGGAACUUGUAAAGACGUGUCUGGAAGAUGACAAUGGCUGUCCUGUCAUCUUGACAUGUGGAGGGAAGAACGUAGGGAAGUCGACAUUCAACAGACAUCUCAUGAAUUCACUUCUGAACCACAUUCCAUGUGUAGAGUUUCUGGAACUUGACAUAGGUCAGACAGAAUUUAGUCCCCCUGGUUGCAUGGCGUUACAUUUGGUGACCAGGCCUGUUUUCAGUCCACCUUACAUGCACCAGUGUGAACCCCGUAAAAUGGUAUAUUAUGGUAAUGUACUCUGUGACCAGGACCCAGAUCGAUAUAUGGAAGUUGUGAGGUAUCUCUAUGCAGAGUACAAGAAAGAAACUCCACUGAUCAUAAACACCAUGGGCUGGAUCAAAGGAUUAGGGUUGUCUGUUUUGGUCGAUCUGAUUCGGCUCUUGGCCCCAACACAUGUAGUGCAGCUUGUCAACACUAGGGGAAGCCAGGACUCUGUGCUUCUUACAUCGGAAUUUGUGCAGACAGCAACUGGGUGGCAAACCAAGGGGAAGCACCAAAUCCAGCAAAAGCCUGUUGACCUCAGGACAUCCCCAAGUUCAUUGGAUGAGGAAAUGCAAAUGCAUGUGGGACUCCAGGGGCACAAAUUGAUGUACAUUCAUUCUGAGUUUCCUGGAGUGGAAGAUGGGAGCUGUUUAAAAUACCGCAGCAACGUGCUGAGAGAUUUGGCUCUUCUGGGCUCUUUCAGCCACCUGCAGCCUUUGGACAUCGGCCACCCCUUGUCCUUGCAUCGUAUGCUGCCGUAUCAGGUGCCAUUUAAUGCUGUUGCGCUCCAUGUAUUACAUUGUGAUGUGACUCCCACCCAUAUCUUAUAUGCAGCCAAUGCCAGUGUGGUGGGCCUGUGCAGAAUAUCAGGUGGUGUCAACUCCCACGCAGAUGGACCUGUGCUACUCUCGCAGGCUCCAGUAUGUGAUUGUUUUGGUGUUGGAAUCAUACGUGGCAUUAACUUGGAAAAGAGAUUGUAUUACAUACUGACGUCAGUUCCCGUGGCAAAGCUGAAGCAGGUGAAUUGUUUGCUUGUGGGGGCAGUCACCAUCCCCCAUACUGUCUUCAGAAACCAGCCUGGCGUGACGGGAGAGGUGCCAUAUUUGACAUCUGACUAUUCUUUCGCUAUUUCUGGAGCUGGAAAGAUUAAAGCUUGUCCUCCUUUGAGGAGGCGUGAGCAUCCUAAAGCUGUGUCUUAAUGGAGGAGAAUGCCUAUGUAUGUUUAAAUAAUGAGGAGGGUGGAAAUGUACUGCGGUUUAAUAGGCGUUGUGCCUUAGUUUGGGGAUGGGUUUAGUACAAGGGGCACAGAGUGGUGGAUAGAAGAGCCUGCAGACCCUUUACAAAAUCAGUUUUGGGCUACAUCCUGUUUAUUCUUCCUUUUCUCACUCCUACUUCCAGUCUGUCAGGAUGUAGUUUGUUCCAGAAUUGAAUCGGAGUUCUUUAAAAUUUGAGACCAAGCAUUUGUUUUAAUAAAGGGUCACUCGGUACUGUAACUUCUGUUCUGGUUUUGUUUUCGCAAAUGUGCAGAUGUUGAUUGUUACAUUUCUUAAGGGAACAUUCAAAAAUGCUUUGGCACUACUUGAAACAAAGCUGGAUCCUGCUGCCUACCCUCCCCCUUGCCCAUUGUUCUGGCCAGAUUUUAUCAUUGAGAUAACACCUAAGAACCUCAGUUUAUCUGAUUAUUAUUACAUUGCUGUAUGCAGACAGCUUUGUAUAAAUUAAAUUUGUAUUUCCCACUAAAGUGAUUAACCUUUAAAAGUACCUAAAAGAGGAUAAAGUACUUCUGGGAAAUUGAUGUAUUAAUGCUUGUUUUUAUUCACUAAUUAUAUUCUGUUCUCUUGUAUGAAUCUUACUUAGCCAGAAUGACAAGUGCCAAUCUUUGGAUUGCAUUAAUUUCGACCUGUAUCUGCUUGGGCCAAGAUUAUUCUUUGUUGCAGUCAUGGAUGUAAGCACAAGGAGAUGCUUUUACACCAUACUAAUUGUUAAAUCCAAUAUGACCAAAACAUGAGAAGUUAGUACAUUGUAACAAAAACUUGUUAAAUAAAUGUGAUUUUUUUUCAUCUGGCUGCUCAAUCUUUGUCCGUAGACAUAAUUGAUGUUAGAUCUGGUUUCCAUUGAUUUUUAUUAACUGAAGAUAUUAAGUGAUAUAGUGAAAAAAUAUUGGAGUUAAGAUGUAGGCCUGUCAUGAUUUAAUUAAACAACAGAGCAGGUUUGAGGGGUGAAUAGCCUGGGAGGGAGGUAAAAUGUUCCAUAAUUCCUGCAAGAAAGAAUCCCUCUGUGAAUAAUAGGUGAGGACGGAAUUGAGUAUGUCUGUAAUAUGCUCUUACAUGCUGUUAGCACUUACUGUGUAUGAUGGCACAGAUUAAAUGGCCCUGUUGAUGGGUGUUUGGUUUUCUCCCAGUAUCAGAGAGCAGUGAAAUAAAUUUACAUU